GAUCACGAGUCAGGAAAAGAGCUUUCAGCACACAGCGUCUUCACCACACACGCACAAAAAAUAAAACAGACACCGUGCACCCAGCCCCGUGGAACAGCACCAGAGACAGAGAGCAAGAGGCUAAGAGAGAGUGAGUGAUAGAGGGACCGCGAGAGAGAGAAAUCUAAACAGAAGUGGUUUCAGAAGGAAGAUAGAGACAGACGGCAGAAGAAAACUACUGCAAGUGCGGAAUCACUUCUGGACUCCCUUGCCCAGACAUGCACAGCCUACAGCAUUGGAUAAUGGCGGUGGUGAUAGCCUCCCUGGUCUUGACGGCAGCUGCCGUUGAAGGGGGAAAAGGCGAGAAACAAGGGAAGAAAGAGCGGAAGUCAGACUGCGGGGAGUGGCAGUGGAGUGUGUGCGUGGCCAAUGUGGGAGACUGUGGCCUUGGCACGCGGGAGGGCACGAGGGGUGGCACCGACUGUAAGCAGACUAUCAAGACCCAGCGCUGCAAGAUCCCCUGCAACUGGAAGAAACAAUUUGGAGGAGAGUGCAAGUAUGACUUCCAGGCUUGGGGUGAAUGCGACAUGACCACAGGCAAGAAGAACCGCACAGGGGUGCUGAAGAAGGCACUGAUGGAUGCCACCUGCCCCAGCACCGUCAGCGCCACCAAGCCCUGCGGAAAGAUCACCAAGACCAAGCUGGCGGACUCCAAGAAGCCGAAGCGCGAGGGGAAGAAGAAGGAGCGUGCCCCGAUGGACUAGCGAGGUUUCGUGACGAGAGGCAGAGGCUGGGAGUGCACACCACGCCCUGCCUGUCCCCUCUCUCCUCCCUUUCUCUCCCCCCCGUAGGUCCUCCGCUCAGCCUGGGAAGAGCUACUAUAGCAGCUGUGCAACAGCUGAGCUGAGAAAUGAUAAACAAAAGAUUAUGAUGUUUUCCUCUCCUAACCUCCGAUAGAAAAUGGCCAUAGCUCUUUUUUUUUUGUAUACUGUAGGUGUUUUGGUUAUUGAUAAUAGAAAGAACAGAAAGGGAACCUUUCCUCUAAAAUACUAUCAUUGUUCCUUGAUGGUAUGUUGUGAACUUAACCCUUGUCUUGUUCAUCCUGCUUAUCAUAACUUUUAAAACUACCAGUUUAGUUAGUACUGCUAAGUGAAUUCUUAAAGAUGAAAAAAAGAUUUUCAUUCUGAAUUGUACCUUGUACUGUACCCAACUUAACUAUGAGGGUGUUUCUGAAACUCAGGAGUUCAACCUGUUUUAAGCAUAUAACUACCCAAACAGGGGAGUCGUGAUGUACUGUGGUGGUAGUCUACCCAUUGCAUCACUUAUCGGUGCUGUGCUUUGGAAGAUGUAUCAAAAGUAUCAAACAAACAGAUCAUUUGCACAGGCAUAGAAAAUAAAACACUUCCAAUAUUUUAAAGGUUUUAUUAAUAUUUUUCUUUGCAAUAUUUAUUUGUUUGCUUUCAGAAAGGUUUUUCUUGAUAAUUUUGAUGCAAAUCUGAUUCCGUUUUAAGUGACGUAGCUGCUACAUCUUGUAAUGGGCAAACUGCCUCCCUGCUACUGUAUACCUCGCGACUACCUCCCACAGACGGGGGGCAACACUGUGCCUGUGUUGGCCCUAUGUCACUUUAGCUUGUCCCAAAAGCCACUGCAUCAAAUAUAAAUGGCAAUGACAACUGAUUUGAUUUAAAGACAUAGAAUCACAAAAGAUUCAGCACAAUAUAGCCUCUUUGGUCAGUUUUCUGGAUUAUGACAACAGAUCUUUGAGAAAACAACCCCACUGCCUUUAAUUUGACUCACAUCUCCACAGCACACUGUAAAAACCACAGUACUGAAGGAUCUCAGUUGUGCUGAGCUAUGAAAAGAGCUAUGCAGCUGGAGAAAUUAAUACAUCCUUCUAAUAAUAGUAAUCUAUUAUUGUAUUUCUUUCAUAGGAUUUUUUAACUUACUUUUCUUUUUCAUAAUAGGAAACAAUGUGAACUUGUCAGCAUUUUGAAAUUUUGAGAACAAAAUACUUUUCUAAAUACUUUAAAUUACAAGAAGUAGCAGUGCAUUGCUGGGCCCUUUAAUAAGUAGUUUAACUUGAAUGGUCAUUUUGUACUUUUCAUUAUGGAUCCUUUCUUUGCCCAUUGAAGUAUGUACAGUGCAGUGUGUGGCUUUCUGUGGUUUAUUCCCUCUUUAUCAAAUCAUUUCAUUUUUUUAAAUAAAGUUGGAGCUGAAAGCCACAGUGCAUAGUUUGUGAAUCAUCUUUCUUAAAUAUUUCUGGCAUUGUUUUGUGAAUAAAAUAUGUUAACAAGCA